GUCUGCUGCCUCCUCCCCUGUUAUGCCUCUUUAGCUCAGAACAAACCGUGCCCUGCCAGGGCUUCCCAUAGUGCCUCUUGCCCCUGACACCUCAGGGGGUUACAGAGGCCAAAAUAGCUCUGGAUGGGUAGAUGGGAUGUGGCAAACAUGGUGAAAGUUCAGGGGGAUUUGAGCACAAUUCAGGGGUAUUUGGGGAUAAUCCAGGAUUAUUUGGGGAAAGUUCAGAGGUAUUUGAGGAGUGUUCAGGGUAUUAGAGAAUAAGUCAUAGUAUCUGGGAGACUUAAUGUAUUUCCAGAGGAUUCAGAGAUGUUUGUGGAGAGUUCAGGGUAUCUGGGGAGAAUUCAGAAGGGUUUGGGAGAGGUCAAAUGUAUUUGGGGAGAGUUUGGGCAUAUUUUAGAAUAAUUCAGAAGUUUCUGGGAAAAUUCAGGUAUUUUUGGAGGAUUCAGAGGUAUUUGGGGGGGAAUCAAAGGUAUUGUGGAGGAAACAAAAGUGUUUGAGGAAGUUUCAGUUAUUUUGGGAGAAUUCAGAGAUCUUAGGGAAAGGAUCAGAGUUACUUUGGGAGGAAUUCAGGCAUAUUUUGGGCUAAUUGAGCUAUUUUGGGAUAAUCAGGUACACAUGGGUCUCUGUCUACCCUUCCCUCCCAGCUCAGAUCUGCCCCAUGGGACCCCAACCCUUCUGUUCUACCCCAAACAUGCCACCAGCAUUUCCCCUGCCCAUCCCUCGGAGCAGCUCUUUUAAUGACAUGGGGCAGCAGGAACCCCUCAGUCCAGUUCCAUAAACCCCUACUGGCCCCGGCUGCGGCUCUUUGAGUGACACGGGGUGGCAGAGACCCCCUUGUGUGGGUCUUUCAGUCACAGCGCAGCUGCCAAGGAGGGUCUGGAUACUCCCUUAUCCUGGGGGCCAUGGGAUCAGGGGCCCAGGCAAAGCAUCUUACAGGGCUUUAGCAGAAAGGCUGCGGCCGGGGGAAGGAUGGAGUAAGGCACAGCAGGGAGGACCUGAUACACACCAUUCAUUUAUUUGGUUUUGCCACUUGUUUGACACCUCCUUGUCCCUCUCAGCCCCAUCGGUCAAGAGACAUCCAGCACCUCAGCGCCUACUCUGCACUCACCCCCCAAAGCCCGGGGGGGGACACAACCCCAUUCGGGGGGGGCAGAGCUGCUGCUGGGGCACAGGGGGGAGGGGCCGGGGGAUCCUUUAUCCCCCUCGUUCAGCUCCAAGCGCCCGAGGCCAAAGUUCUGGUUUCUGGGGCUGUCCCCCCAAUUGGUUUGGGGCCUGCGGGGGCUCGCCCGAUCCUGGCGGGGACACGGCCUUGAGGGAACUUCCGCGGUAACCAGGAACCCCCGCCCGGCUCAUGCGCUUCCCCGGCCGGUCACUGUGCAGCGCUGCAGAUCCCACGGCUGGACCGCGGCUCAGUUCCCGGGGUGAAGAGUCGGCCGAGGCGGCGCCGCACGGACACGGGAUCUGCGUUCCACUUCCAUCGGCUGAUUUCCCCCUUGACGCCCCUUCUAACUCUGCGGCGAGUCAAAAUAUGGAGAAUGGAAACAAUGCGAGAGGAGGUCUGGGCAAUAGGUUCGUAUCCCAUCCAAGGCUCACCCAUGAAAUGGUUCUGUUCCUGCUCCUGACCCUGCCUUUGGCAGUGGCCGUGGUUGUGCUGGGAGCAAGAUGCAGUGGACAGGUUCCAGUUGUGCCUGCAGCUUCACAGUUGCUGUCCUGUCCCUGGGACUGGGUCGGGUACCGCAGGAUCUGCUCCUGCCUCUCGACAGAUAUGGGGACCUGGGAGCAGGGCCAGGAUUGGUGCUCCAAGCUCGGGGCCUCCCUGGCCGUUCUCAAGAAUGAGGAAAUGGGCCUCCUCUUCCUCCUCAGGGGUGACAUCAAUUACUGGCUCGGGCUGCGGAGACGGGGUGAGCAGCUGCAGUGGGGGGACGGCAGCAGCUACAACUCCUCGGUCCCUGUCCUUGGCGAUGGAGAGUGCGUGUACCUAGGUGAUGGUAAACUCAGGAGUGGGAACUGCUCAAAUCAGCAGCCAUAUCUCUGCAGCAAACCCCAAACUCACCUGGCACAGAGGUGAUGGAGAAAGAACCUUCUCCAUGCUGGGCACUCACAGUUUUUCCUCUUCCCCCAGUGAAGAGGAAAAUAACGUUUAUUCUCCACUUCCCAUCAGCAGUGAUGUCCGGCCACAUCCUGGGAAGCAGCAGGGCUUCAGCAGUUUAUAAUGGUUUCUUAGCAAGCAGCCAUUGGAAACAACGAAUGCCCCUCUUCCUGCUCCUUUCCUUACCUUUUAUAUCUGAGCUGAUGUCAUAUAAUCUAGAAUAUCCUUUUGGUCAGUUUGGGUCAGCUGGCCUGGUUGUGUCCCCUCCCAGAAUCUUGCUCUCGAUUGGCAAAGGAAUGUUACAGUGCUGAUGCUGUGCCAGCCCUGCUCAGCAGUAGCCAAAACACUGCUGUAUUAUUAAAUGCCCUUCUAGCUACCAUGCAAAGCAAAACACUCUGAGAGCUGCUAUGGUGAAGCAAACAAGGCCUGAGCCAGGGUUGACCUUUAGAUGAACCUUCCAACCUAAUGUUAUAUUUAGCCAUGUAUCUGCUUAUUAGCCAAAAUUAUGUAUAAUCAUUAAUAAAAUACGUACUAUGAUAAGAGUACACCUGUGUAAACAUGUAUGGUUGUUAGUACAAUAUAUUUCUAUCUGCUUAUUAGUGAACAUUUGUUCUUUCUUUCUGUAUUUAGAGACCAGUCAAGGCCUUGGAAGUGGAUAUCUGGCCUUGUUUGGCAGUAGAGGGUCAAAACUAACUACCUUGAUUUUCCUCUGAGUCCUGGUCAGGUUUUGGGUGAAACCCAAGGAGAUAAGUAAGCCAGAUGUUUUUCUGUACUAAGUAGUGAUGUAAGAUUGUUUGUUUAACAAUAUAAAAGCUGGACCCUUUCACAGCAAAGACAGGGACCUCACCUACGAGUGGACACACUGAGUAGGAUUUCCCAAUUCCUGGGAGCGGUUCUCCAGCUGGGAUCGGGGCCUCCCCAUCUGAUAUUACAGGUAAUGUAUUAAAGGGGCAACUAAUGAUGUAUCUCUCUCUUAAUCACUACAGAAUUUCUUUGUAGUAAUGAUUAGAUGCAUUACUGAGCUUCUCUUUUGUAAUUCCUUGCUUCUUUUGUAAUUCUUUGUUGUUUUGCAUAAUAGUAAAUUUGCACACUUGUUCUUUAAA